AUGGGUGCGGGAGCAGCAGACGAACCCAUGAGGGGAUCCGUAAGAGUGGUCAGUGUCGGGCCGCACUUCUUUAGGCACGCCGCGGCAGGUGCAGGAAUGUUCCCCGGUGGCUUUCCAUCGGCGAGGCGCGUACCAUCGCCAUCUCCUCGCGGGGCAUUACCGGAUUUCUUGGCCCUCGGUCACGCGGGCCCAUCUCGUUCUAGCAAGAUGUCCAUUCCACCGGCGGCAGCAGCUCGCAUCCGUGACAGCCAGCACGCGCUGGAGGCGAAGAGGAAGCAGGGGAUGAGCAUGUGGCAGCGCGUGAUGGCCAAGGGCAAGCACGAGAGCAAGGAGUCGGUGGCCCUCCUCCCCAUCAACGCCAAAGAGAUGGGCAAACAGAGCUGCACCACUAUACCAUUCACUCAGCAAGUGACGGCGGCCGGCUGUGAGACCGUGUCGGUGCCCAACAGGCUGUGUUUUGGCCAGUGCAGCUCCCUCUUCGUGCCCUCCGCCAUGGACGACCACGACGACUCUGUGUCCGGCCGUGCCCGCCAGUGCUCGCGCUGUGCCCCGUCCAAGUCGCGCGUGAUGACAAUCCCUCUGCGCUGUGGGCGCGAGGUGCGACAGAAGCGCGUGAUGGUGGUGGAAGAGUGCAAGUGUGAGACGUCAGCUGGGGCACCCUGGCCCUGGAGCGUCACGGGAGAGGACUAA